AUGAAUCCGUUUGCCGUAACUGGCGAGAUUGGCGGCCAUACUAUUGUUAUGGAAACGGGCCGCCUGGCACAGCAGGCGCAUGGCGCCGUAACCAUCACGUGCGGCGAGACCAUAUUGCUGGCGACCGCGGUGAUGUCUGAGCAGCGGCGGGAGGGGAUCGACUUCCUGCCGUUGACCGUCGAGUUUGAAGAAAGGCUGUACGCGGUGGGCAAAAUUCCCGGCAGCUUCUUCCGUCGCGAAGGCCGCCCCGGCACCGAAGCCAUUCUGUCGGCGCGCCUUACCGACCGCAGCAUACGACCCCUUUUCCCCAAGGGAAUGCACAACGAAAUCCAGGUAAUCAUCACCGUAUUGUCGGUGGACGAAGAGCAUCCGCCGGAAACGCUGGGCAUGGUGGCCGCUUCCGCUGCGCUGUCCAUCAGCCGCAUACCCUUCGAGGGACCCAUCGCCUCCUGCCGCGUAACGUGGGAUGGCAGCGGGUAUUCGAUCAACUCCAGUUACCAGCAGAUCAGCGCAUCGCGUCUGAAUAUGAUUGUGGCCAGCAACCGGGGCGCCAUCAUGAUGGUGGAAUCGGGAUCACAGGACGUGUCGGAGGAAGUGAUCCUGGAGGGCAUUCGCCUGGCGCACGAGAGCAACGUGCAGACCAUAGAACUGAUCGACCAGAUGGUGGCAGAACGCGGGGCCGAAAAGCUCACCGUUACUUACGACGCCGAGGCCACGGCAGCCCGCCAGAACAAAGUUGACGCACUGGUCAACGGACGGAUCGCCGAAGUUCUGGAGCGCAACGCCUACAAGAGCGAACGUGAUUCCAGCCUGGAUGCCAUCGAGAAAGAUAUUGCGGCGCAACUGGCCGACGACCUGUCUGCCGGCGAGGUGGCCGAAUCGUUCAAGAACCUGGUGAAGUCGGAGGUCCGCAGCCGGAUUUUGAACAAAAACGUCAGACCCGACGGGCGCAAGCUCGACGAGAUACGCCCCAUCACCUGCAGCGUGGGCGAGUUGCCCCGAGUACAUGGCAGCGGGUUGUUCACCCGUGGUCAAACGCAGGUGCUGUCGAUUGCCACGCUGGCAUCGCUGUCGAUGCGGCAGACGCUUGACACCGUGGGUCCUGACAACACCAAGCAGUUCAUGCACCAUUACAACUUCCCGCCGUACAGCGUUGGCGAAGCGCGGCGCGUGGGUUCACCGGGCCGCCGGGAAAUCGGACACGGCGCACUGGCCGAACGGGCCAUUCAGGCGGCGUUGCCUCCGGAAGCGGAAUUUCCGUACACCAUUCGCGUCGUCAGCGAGGUUUUGGCCUCCAACGGGUCGACGUCGAUGGGUAGUGUGUGUGGUUCGUCAAUGGCAUUGAUGGAUGCGGGCGUGCCCCUUAAGGCGCCCGUGGCCGGUAUUGCGAUGGGCCUGAUCACCGACGCCGCUGAUGGGCAGUAUGCCGUCCUCAGCGACAUUCAGGGCAUCGAGGACUUCCUCGGCGACAUGGACUUCAAGGUUGCCGGUACGGAAGAGGGAAUCAACGCCCUGCAGAUGGACGUGAAAAUUGAUGGACUGACCCAGGAGCUUCUGAGUGAGGCGCUGGAGCAGGCCCGGGUGGGUCGGCUGCACAUCCUGGACCGCAUGUCGGAAGCUAUCUCUGAGCCCAGGAACCAGAUGAGCAAGUACGCGCCCAAGCUGGUGCGGAUGCAGAUUCCGGUCGAGAAGAUUGGCGCUCUCAUUGGCCCGGGAGGCCGGGUAAUUCGUGCCAUCCAGGAAGAGACCGGUUGCGGAAUCGACGUGUCGGACGAUGGCUCGGUGAUUAUUUCUUCCAGCGACCAGACGAUGAUCGAGCUGGCCAGCAGUCGGGUUGACGGCCUGACCCGUGAUCCCGAGGUGGGAGACAUCAUUACCGGAAAAAUCACUCGGACGACCAACUUCGGCGUGUUCGUUGAGUUGACGCCGGGCGGGAAGGACGGACUGGUUCGCAACGAAGACCUGGGCGACCUCGCCUACGAUGACGUUGGAAUGGGCCAGGAAAUUACCAACGCAGCAACUUUGGCGGCGACCGUGAUCGAGACCGUGGUGGAGAUCGAGGCCCGCGAGGCGGCGGCGGUGGAGAUCGUGGUGGAGAUCGAGGCCCGCGAGGUGGCGGCGGCGGUGGAAACCGUGGCGGUUACGGUGGUGGCGGCGGUGGAAACCGCGGCGGCUACGGCGGAGACCGUGAUCGCAACGCACCCGUCGGCGGAGACCGAGACCGCGGCGGAGACCGUGAUCGCAACGCACCCGCCGGCGGUGAUCGAGACCGUGGCGGUGACCGUGAUCGCAACGCACCCGCCGGCGGUGAUCGAGACCGUGGCGGUGACCGUGGUCGCAACGCACCCGCCGGCGGUGGAAACCGUGGCGGCUACGGCGGCGGCGGAGACCGUGAUCGCAACGCACCCGGCGGCGGUGGAAACCGUGGCGGCUAUGGUGGCGGCGGCGGAAACCGUGGCGGAUCUGGUGGCGGCGGCGGUGGAAACCGCGGCGGAUCUGGUGGCGGCGACGGCGGAAACCGCGGCGGACCUGGUGGCGGGAGCGGUGGUGAACGAGAUCGUGGCGGCGAACGUGAUCGCAACACGAUUUUGGGGAGCGAUCCCAACGACCGUGACCGGGGCGGGCGUCGUCCUCCGGGCCGGCCCCCUGGGCGCGACUCCGGACGAGGCAACCCCUCCGACCGGCGGUUCCUGGGCGGCGGCGGAGCACGGCCUUAAACCGUCCGCACCGACCUUUCCCAAUGCAGCCCCUCUCCCAACGGAGAGGGGUUUUUCUUGA